GGGGAGAAGAACUCCCCUCGGGCGCCAAGGGGGCCGCCUCUGGAGGCCGUCCUGUCUCGGGCCGCACCGGCUCUGCGCUCCCCCACGGGCUACGCUGGGCUCUGCCAAGUGCUGGGGGCGCCCAGGACGCACGGCCGGUAGCUCCGAGCCCAGGCACUGGGGAGGCAGCACCAGCUCCGGACUGCAAGACCGAGUGCGGCCAGAAGUGGGGAACAAAUAGUCCCCAGCGCCUCCUCCGGCCGCGAUCGGGCGUGUGGUCCCAGCCGCCGCCGGGAUGGCCGAGUCAGGCCGGGCUGAGCCCGGCGCACGGGUCGGGACCCGCGGGCUCUAAUUGCCGCGCUUAUGUUGAUGAUUUUUUUUUUUUUUUAAAAUCACAGCAGCCCCCAGUUUAGCGGACUGAUUUACUCCCGGUAUUGGUAAAUAUGAUCACGUGGGCCGCGCGACCAAUGGUGGAGGCUGCAGCCUGCGAACUAGUCGGCGGCUCGGGCGCCGGCGGGGAGCGGCGCGGCGGCGGGCAGUGUAACCUUGGGUGGGAGCGCACGGCGCCUCAAAAUGUCCUCCAGUGGCACCCUGAGCAACUACUACGUGGACUCGCUCAUAGGCCAUGAGGCCGACGAAGUGUUCGCUGCGCGCUUCGGACCUCCAGGGCCUGGCGCGCAGGGCAGGCCCGCAGGUGUGGCCGACAGCCCGGCCGCCGCAGCCGCCGAGUUUGCCUCGUGUAGUUUCGCCCCCAAAUCGGCCGUGUUCUCCGCCUCGUGGUCCGCGGUGCCCGCCCAGCCCCCAGCGGCGGCGGCGAUGAGCGGCCUCUACCACCCAUACGUGCCCCCGCCGCCCCUGGCCGCCGCCGCCUCCGAGCCCGGCCGCUACAUGCGCUCCUGGAUGGAGCCGCUGUCCGGCUUCCCGGGCGGUGCGGGCGGUGGCGGAGGCGACGGUGGCCCGGGGCCCGGUCCCAGCCCUGGCCCCAGCGGUCCGCCCAACGGGCGCCACUACGGGAUUAAGCCUGAAAAUGGAGCGGCACCGGCCGCCGCCACCGCCGCCACCACCACCUCCACCUCCACCUCCUCCUCCACUUCCUCGUCUUCCUCCUCCAAACGGACUGAGUGCUCCGCGGCCCGGGAGUCCCAGGGGAGCGGCGGCCCCGAGUUCUCGUGCAACUCGUUCCUACGGGACAAGGCGGCAGCAGUGGCUGGGGGAACCGGGCCCGGGGCGGGGAUCGGGUCUGGGUCCAGGGCAGGCGGCUCAUCGGAGCCCUCGGCUUGCAGCGACCACCCGAGCCCGGGCUGCCCGCUGAAGGAGGAGGAGAAGCAGCAUCCGCAGCCGCCGCAGCAGCAACUUGACCCAAACAACCCCGCAGCAAACUGGAUCCACGCUCGCUCCACCCGGAAAAAGCGCUGUCCCUACACCAAAUACCAGACGCUUGAGCUAGAGAAGGAAUUCCUCUUCAACAUGUACCUCACCCGGGACCGGCGCUAUGAGGUGGCAAGGAUUCUGAACCUCACAGAGAGACAGGUCAAAAUCUGGUUCCAGAAUCGUAGGAUGAAAAUGAAAAAGAUGAGCAAGGAGAAAUGCCCCAAAGGAGACUGACCCGGCGCGGCGCCGGUGGGACCGCUCGGCUUUGCAGUGGCAGAGGGUUUUUGUGUGUGUGUGGGUGCUUGAUUUCCAGAAGUUCUCCAGCGAUUCGGACAUUCCCCCCCCCCACCCACCCCGGCCUUUUUUUUUUAGGUAGAAGUGACUGUGUGGUUGGUUUCUGUGAGGUAUUUGGGGGACUGUAUUUGCUCGCUUAUGUGUUGGAGAAACCAAGUGGCUUUGGGGUGUUGCCCUAUCCCGCUCCCCCGUUUCCUGUCCCUUUGGUUCCUUAGGAAAUGCUAUAUUUUGUGAGUGCACGCCGGCUUGAGGAGCCCUCUCCUGUGUAAAUGUCCCCUAUGUUUCUGAAAAGUGCUGUAGUUUAGCCCCCAGCGCUGCUCAAGCAGGGGCCAAGCGCACCCCACUUCCGAGAGCGAAGGCAGAGCGACGACAAUGAGGAGGCCGGCCUAGGCUGAGCCCGGCCGUGUUGCCCACCGGUUACGAAAGACCACUUUCCUCAGGGAGCCCGCGGGCCCUCCACUGAGACCUGGAAUGAGGCCGAGAGAGGAGCCCAGGGCCUCCGGUGGGUCGGGGGUUUCUUCUCAGUGCACUGGAGGAGCCGCUCUCUCCCCGGGAGGGCUUGGCUCCCGUGGGCGGCCGCGGGUGUAGGCCCUCCCGGUUCCUGCCUGAGGACCAGUUGUAAAUGUUACCGCUUCCUACCAAUAAAUGCUGACCUGAUCAAAUGGAGCCCAGACGCUGGCCCUGAA